UUGUUAACGGUAAAUUCAAGAUGGCGAAAGUUGUCAAUAUUUUAAAAACUAUCCGAAAUAAUUGGAAAAAAUCCGUAUUUGGCAGCGUAUUAGUUUUUUAUGGAGUAAACUAUGGCAGAAAUAAAUAUGAAAUCUCGGAACUCAUGCGAGAGUACUGCCAGGAGGCUGUCAAGUACGGGGAACAGCCUGCUCCGCUGGGGUCCAAGCUCCGCCAGAUCAUCGUGAUUCUAAACCCAGCGGCUAACAAAAGAAAGGCAAAGGCAAACUUUGAGAAGUUCUGUGGUCCGUUGUUGUACCUAGCGGGCAUCAGUGUUACUGUGGUGCAGACGGAAUCGGAAGGACAGGCGCGGGGGCUGGUCGAAAACUUGGACCAGGCCGUUGACGCCAUCGUCGUGGCUGGUGGGGACGGCACUGUCUCGGAGGUGGUGACGGGACUGCUGAGGCGGCCCGACGGGAACCAGGCGGCCCAGCGCAGGUUCCCGGUCGGGAUCCUGCCGCUCGGCCAGACCAACACGGUGGCCGGCUCGCUCUUCGCCGCGGCGGACUCGAACCUCGUCAGGACCAUGGCCGACGCCACGAUGGCCGUCGUACGGGAGGUCACCCGGCCCCUCGACGUCGUCAGGGUCCAGGCCCUGGAGACGGAGGACGGGCCGCCGGGGAAGCCGGUGUACUGCCUGGGCGGGGUGAGGUGGGGGGCGUACCGCGACGCCCACGCGCGCCGGGACAAGUACUGGUACUGGGACGGGCUGCGGGCGCACGUCGCGUACGUCUUCUGCGGCCUGAAGAGCGGUCUCUCGUGGCACUGCGAGGCGGGAGCCACGUACGCCCGGCCGUGCGCGGGGUGCUCCAAGUGCCGCGGCGUCGGCGGAGACGAGGCGGGGGGCCGCGUGUUGGAGGGGCGGUCCCGCCUGUGGCACGCGUUCCUGCCCUGGAGGUCCGGGACAGUUAAUACAAGAGAUGAACUCGUAGACUACAGCAAGGUCCAGAACAGCGAGUGUGGCAUGCUUCACAAGAAGGACAUCUCAACGGUGGAGUUCUCUCUCACCACCGAGAACGUGCGUCCGAACUGCCACAGAGACGGGAUACCUCACAUGGAAAUGUGUCUCGGACCGCCAACCGUGAGCUACACGGGCUUUGUUUCGGAAGGCUGGCGACGCGUGAACGGCCAGGAGCCUCAAGUCGCUGAGAAGUUACAGAUCAGGGAGAUUGUGCUUCGACCUGUUAUUCCUCAGGAUUCUUCGAAGGACAAAGAACGCUGGAUUUCCAUAGACAACGAGGACUAUGAGCUGAAGCCUAUCCAUGUUACGUUACUCCCGAAGAAAAUUCACGUUUUUUGUACAAGUAACGUUGCGUAGUUUUGUGUGCAUUUUGUCUUGAACACUAGUAUCAACUUCAGAAGUCCAGAAGUCAAGCUAAGUAUAGUUAGAUUAAGAGUAGAUUCAAUUUUAUAUUUAUGUAGCCAUCACUUUUGUUAAUUUUUUUUUGGAAACUUUUAUACACAUUUGUAAAUAAUAUAUGUGCUGCUAAUGUGUAUUACACGAAAGAACAUUGUCAAGCAUCAUUUAGUGCUACAUGCUGAUGAAUCAGUCAUAUAUUUUUAAUUGUGUUUGCUAGAGUUUUGUGAAAAUAUAAUAAAAAGAUGUUAACAUUA